GUAGAGAUUUCAUUACUUCUUUUAGUAUUUCUCUAGAAUAAUAUAAUGUAAUACUGAUGAAAAAGAUGUUGGGCAAGUAAGGCAAAGAAUUGCCUUGUCGGAGAGGCCAGUGUCCUCAGAGUAAUGCUAAACCUUAGUUCAUUGCCUUGCGGCUUGAAGCUUUCUUAAAGCAACCUCACCGCUUCAACAUUUGAUUUGAUUUGGUAUAUACUAUAAACCCUGGUUCAAGAACCUACAAGCCAAAUCCAUAUUUAAGGAAUCUUAAACCUUAAUUCAAUAAUGGGAAGAUCACCAAUGGUUCCCAUGGCUAUUCUUGUCUAUGUCUCCCUACUGUUCUCUGUUUCUUAUUCCUCCACAUUCGUCAUCACAAACAACUGUCCCUUUACUAUCUGGCCCGGUACUCUUGCAGGCUCUGGCACCCCGCCACUACCCACAACAGGAUUCAAACUUGACGUGGGACAGUCCGUUAGCAUUCCCACGGUUCAAGGCUGGUCAGGUCGAAUAUGGGCUAGAACCGGCUGCAACUUUGACACCAACGGUACAGGAAAAUGCACUACCGGCGACUGCGGUGGGAAGCUGGAGUGUGCCGGCAGUGGUGCUGCUCCUCCGACAUCACUUUUCGAGAUCACGCUCGGUCGCAGUUCUGGAGACAAAGAUUUCUACGAUGUUAGUCUCGUUGACGGGUAUAACCUCCCCAUAGUUGCUUUCCCCACAGGCGGCGGACUGGUUGGAGCUUGUAAUGCCACGGGGUGUGUUGCUGAUAUCAACGUUAGCUGUCCGAAGGAGCUUCAGGUGAUUGGAGAGGAAGAGGAAGAGAGAAGAGGAGGGGUUGUUGCUUGUAAGAGCGCUUGCGAGGCCUUUGGAUUGGACCAGUACUGUUGCAGCGGUCAGUUUGCUAAUCCAACCACGUGCCGGCCGUCUUCUUACUCUACUGUCUUCAAGAGAGCUUGUCCUAGGGCUUAUAGCUAUGCGUUUGAUGAUGGGACCAGUACUUUCACUUGUCAGGCUUCUGAAUAUGUCAUUCUCUUUUGCCCUGGCAGGGUUAAAAGACCAAGCAGCCAAGACUCUGAUCCUCCAAGCCCGUCACAGAAUCCAUACGGACCACCUAUGGCUCCACCGACUCAGAAUCCGUAUGGUCAACCAAUGGCUCCACCGACUCAGAAUCCGUAUGGUCAACCACUGGCUCCACCGACUCAGAAUCCAUAUGAUCAACCUAUGGCUCCACCAACUCAGAAUCCAUAUGGUCAACCUAUGGUUCCUCCAACUCAGAAUCCUUAUGGUGAACCUGUGGCUCCACCAACUCAGAAUUCUUACGAUCAACCUAUGGCUCCUCCAACUCCAAAUCCUUAUGGUCAACCUGUUGCUCCUGUGACUCAGAAUCCAAACGGGGAAUCAAUGACUCCCCCACCUGAGAAUCAGUUCAUGAUGCCUCCUCCCAUUGUAAACCAAGAUCCAGACGACCAGUUUAUAAAUCCACCAUUCGAGGAUGAGAGUCAAAGCGCUGAAACUGGGAAGGUUGCCAAGUCUCAUUCCUCGUCUGACAUUCUUCGACCGUACCCUGUCUUUUUGCUUAUUGGCCUCAGUCUAGUUGCUUUGAGGUAGUCAUGCAGAGCAUGAGACGUCAUUAUUCUUCCUUUCAAAAGAUAACAGAUACAUGUAACCGUGUGGAAAGAAGCAAACGUAUUAUGUUUCCUGUCUUCCUAGAGAUUCUGAAGUCCUUAGAUUACCUUUAAUUGUUUGAAUUGGAUUAUACAUGUAAAACUAUUUCUACUCCAUGUAAAGAGAAGAAUAUUAAAAUCAUAACUCGAAAAAUA